GCAGCCACUUCCCAGCCACCCUCUCCCCCUGCUGGCCGCAGGCGGCUGGGCCCCAGGGCCCCAGGGGCUGCCCGAUGCCCACCCCCGCCUCCCACCCGGCGCCCCGGCUGCUUCGAGCAGCCGCUCUCCCCAGCAACUUUCCGUGCUUUGUUCUCCGGCUGGAAAUGAUUUACGGAAGCGUCUUGGACAGGGUCUCCGCCAGGCGGCCAAAGCCCAGCGCUGAGAGGUGUUACGUUCUCAUCUACCCAUCAAUUAUGGAUAGGAACAAAUAAGGAAGAGUCAAUUUUGCAUGAGCCCCUUCUCCCGAGGCUCGAAGCGUCCGGGGCCUGAGAGGGAGCCGCCCGCGGGUGUCGGCAGCCAGCCGCAGACAAGGGGGAUGGUGAGGAGGAAGGAAGCUCCCUGAGAUUUCUGAGGAGGGGCUGCUCUGAGUUCACCUUGACCCACCAUGAAGUUCCUUCUACUUUGUGCCUACAUGCUGCUACUUAUGAUUCCCCAGCUGAGGGCGGUCAGCUUUCCAGAAGAUGACGAACCCCUUAACACCGUUGACUACCAUUAUUCAAGGCAAUAUCCGGUUUUUAGAGGACGCCCUUCAGGCAAUGAUUCGCAGCACAGACUGGACUUUCAGCUGAUGUUGAAAAUUCGAGACACACUUUAUAUUGCUGGCAGGGAUCAAGUUUAUACAGUGAACUUAAAUGAAAUCCCCAAAACAGAAGUAAUACCAAGCAAGAAACUGACGUGGCGGUCAAGACAGCAGGAUCGGGAAAACUGUGCCAUGAAAGGCAAACAUAAGGAUGAAUGCCACAACUUUAUUAAAGUAUUUGUUCCAAGAAAUGAUGAGAUGGUUUUUGUUUGUGGCACCAAUGCAUUUAAUCCCAUGUGUAGAUACUAUCGGUUAAAUACUUUAGAAUAUGAUGGAGAAGAAAUCAGUGGCCUGGCAAGAUGCCCAUUUGAUGCCAAACAAACCAACGUUGCUCUCUUUGCUGAUGGGAAACUGUAUUCUGCCACAGUGGCUGACUUCCUGGCUAGUGAUGCUGUUAUUUAUCGAAGCAUGGGUGAUGGAUCUGCCCUUCGCACAAUUAAAUAUGAUUCCAAAUGGAUAAAAGAACCACACUUUCUUCAUGCCAUAGAGUAUGGAAAUUAUGUCUAUUUCUUCUUUCGAGAAAUUGCUGUAGAACAUAAUAAUUUAGGCAAGGCUGUAUAUUCCCGCGUGGCCCGUAUAUGUAAAAAUGACAUGGGUGGCUCCCAGCGGGUCCUGGAAAAGCACUGGACUUCCUUUCUAAAGGCUCGGCUUAACUGUUCUGUGCCUGGAGAUUCGUUCUUCUACUUUGAUGUUCUGCAGUCUAUUACAGACAUAAUACAAAUCAAUGGCAUCCCCACUGUGGUUGGGGUGUUUACCACCCAGCUCAACAGCAUUCCCGGUUCUGCGGUCUGUGCCUUCAGCAUGGAUGACAUCGAAAAAGUAUUCAAAGGGCGGUUUAAAGAGCAGAAAACUCCAGAUUCUGUUUGGACGGCAGUCCCCGAAGACAAAGUUCCAAAACCAAGGCCUGGCUGUUGUGCAAAGCACGGCCUUGCUGAAGCUUAUAAAACGUCCAUCGAUUUUCCUGAUGAAACCCUGUCUUUCAUCAAGUCCCACCCACUGAUGGACUCUGCCGUUCCGCCCAUCGCAGAUGAGCCUUGGUUCACAAAGACACGAGUCAGGUACAGACUGACGGCCAUUGCCAUUGACCAUUCCGCUGGGCCCUACCAGAACUACACAGUCAUCUUUGUUGGCUCUGAAGCUGGCAUGGUACUUAAAGUUUUGGCAAAGACCAGUCCUUUCUCUCUGAAUGACAGCGUAUUACUGGAAGAGAUUGAAGCUUACAACCACGCAAAAUGUAAUGCUGAGAACGAGGAGGACAGAAAAGUCAUCUCAUUGCAGUUGGAUAAAGAUCACCAUGCUCUGUACGUGGCCUUCUCCAGCUGUGUUAUCCGGAUACCUCUCAGUCGCUGUGAGCGCUAUGGAUCAUGUAAAAAGUCUUGUAUUGCCUCUCGUGACCCGUAUUGUGGCUGGUUAAGCCAGGGAGCCUGCGGGAGAGUGACCUCGGGGAUGCUCACUGGAGGAUAUGAGCAGGACCCAGAAUACGGCAACACAGCCCACCUCGGGGACUGCCAUGAAAUUUUGCCUACUUCAACUACACCAGAUUACAAAAUAUUUGGAGGUCCAACAUCUGACAUGGAGGUAUCUUCGUCUUCUGUUACCACAAUGGCAAGUAUCCCAGAAAUUACACCUAAAGUGAUUGAUUCCUGGAAGCCUAAACUGACGAGCUCCCGGAAAUUUGUAGUUCAAGAUGACCCAAAUACUUCUGAUUUUACUGAUCCUUUAUCAGGUAUCCCAAAGGGUGUACGAUGGGAAGUCCAGUCUGGGGAGUCCAACCAGAUGGUGCACAUGAAUGUCCUCAUCACCUGCGUCUUUGCCGCUUUUGUUUUGGGGGCAUUCAUUGCAGGCGUGGCAGUAUACUGCUAUCGUGACAUGUAUGUGCGGAAAUCCAGGAAGAUCCAUAAGGACGCAGAAUCUGCCCAGUCGUGCACAGACUCCAGUGGAAGUUUUGCCAAGCUGAAUGGUCUCUUCGACAGUCCAGUUAAGGAAUAUCAACAGAAUAUUGAUUCUCCUAAACUGUAUAGUAACCUGCUGACCAGUCGGAAAGAGCUCCCGCCCAAUGGCGACACUAAAUCCAUGGUAAUGGACCACCGAGGCCAACCGCCUGAGCUGGCUGCCCUGCCCACACCCGAGUCCACUCCAGUGCUGCACCAGAAGACCAUCCAGGCCAUGAAGAGCCACUCAGACAAGGCUCACGGCCACGGAGCAUCCAGGAAGGAAACCUCCCAGUUUUUCCCUUCCAGCCCUCCGCCCCACUCCCCAUUAAGUCACGGGCACAUCCCCAGUGCCAUUGUUCUCCCUAAUGCUACUCAUGACUACAACACAUCUUUCUCAAACUCCAAUGCUCACAAAGCAGAAAAGAAGCUCCAAAACGUUGACCACCCUCUUCCCAAGUCGUCCAGCAAAAGGGAUCACCGCCGUUCUGUGGAUUCCAGAAAUACCCUCAAUGAUCUCCUAAAGCAUCUAAAUGACCCCAAUAGUAACCCCAAAGCCAUCAUGGGAGACAUCCAAAUGGCCCACCAGACCCUAAUGCUGGAUCCUGUGGGAACCAUGUCUGAGGUCCCACCAAAGGUCCCCAACAGGGAGGCAUCACUGUACUCUCCUCCUUCAACUCUCCCCAGAAAUAGUCCAACCAAGCGAGUGGACGUCCCCACCACUCCUGGAGUCCCAAUGACUUCUCUGGAAAGACAAAGGGGCUAUCACAAAAAUUCCUCACAGAGGCACUCUAUAUCUGCCAUGCCUAAAAACAUAAACUCACCAAAUGGUGUUUUGUUAUCCAGACAGCCUAGUAUUAACCGUGGAGCAUACAUGCCCACCCCGACAGGGGCGAAGGUGGACUUUAUUCAGGGAACACCAGUGAGCGUUCACCUGCAACCUUCCCUCUCCAGACAAAGCAGUUAUACCAGUAAUGGCACCCUCCCCAGGACGGGACUAAAGAGGACACCGUCCUUAAAACCUGAUGUGCCACCAAAGCCUUCAUUUGUUCCUCAAACCACAUCGGUCAGACCACUGAACAAAUACACUUACUAGUCCUCAAGUGUGCUAUUCCCAUGUGGCUUUCUCCUGUACAUGUUGUUGAGAGAAUUAUGUUGUAAGGGAACCUUAAGAGAAGACACUCACUUAUAUUUUAAAGAGAAUCGAGUGGCCAAAGAAACUCUUUCUAACUUUGGCAACAUCAGAACUUGCCACAUGUAGCUACUGCAGCAAGGCUUCUGAGUACUUGCCCCAAGACAAAGGAAGGUGCUGGUCAUUCUAUUUCUUCUGUUUGAAGCUAAAGAGAUGGGUAGCUCUAAGAGGCUCCCUUGCCAGUAUAAAGAGCUGAUACAGUACUCGGAAGAAUCUGUAAGCAAAUACUUGAAAAUGGGUUCAAUUUAGACUGCCAUUCUGUGUGGUCUUCCCAUUAAAUGUGAACAUUUUAAAAUGUAUGCAUUCACCUUGCCUCUUGCACAAAUGUCAGAAACAAAAAAACAAAAAAGAUGGUUAUGUCUCAAAGAAACACGAACUUGUAGAUUACCAAGCAAUUUGCUAAAAAUUGUCUUUGACCCAAACUGUAGCUUUUUUUUUUUUUUAUUUCAUGUGUGGCAUCUUUUUUCCCCAUGCCACCAACAGAGUUGUGAGUGUGUAUGCAGUGUGUGCGUGCGUGUUCUGUACCCACUAGGAUGUGUGUAUGUGUCCAUUGCAUCUUGUGCUAUGGAGUUGUUUACAUUAAGCAUGAUUGAACAAGAGACAAUAGCUUCUUCCCACUGCAGUCCAUUGGGCUUAGCUUCGAGAACAAAAUAAGGUUCAUGUGAUCAUCAAAAUUAUAAACUUGAUGUACAUGGUACCAAUGCCAGAAUGUAAGAGUUCAAAGUAAUUUUGUGCUGCUAUCCAUUCAAACUUCUAUUACAGUCUUGCCAGCUUAAGGAGUUAAAGAUGUUAAAAGGUAUCCUUGAUUUAUCCACCACUUUUUCAUAGUAAAGUUUACCAGACCACCACAGAUCCAAGUCUGAGUCACUCUAUUUAACCUUGGCUAAAUAAUAAGUAAACCUUUAAAUAAUAAGGUUUUGUUUUGUGUUCAGUUUUCCCCAUGUAGUAAAAUUUUUCCUCCUUUAAUUCCUCCUACCCCAAGAGUCAAGCAAACAAAAUGAAAAGCUAAACCUGAACAAAAUUAUAAUUGGUACAGCAGAAAUAGUCCAUGAAACUAUCAAUGGUGCAAUCAUUGUUGUCUAUGUUGUGUUAUGUGAGAAUUUUCUCCUGAGUCAUGCAGGUAAUGACAAUAUAUUGUAAAUAUUCCAUGUGAGUUUACCUGAAUCUGUGCAUUUUGUGCCUUACUCAUGAGAAUGAUAGAAGUACUAAAAUAUGUCCCGUGUUUUCAGUAUAGCACAUCAUUUACCGAGUGCCAGUUGUAAAUGUUUUUCAACCAGCACCUGAAAAAAGACUAAAAAAAAUCUUUAAAAAAGCAAUCUUGAGCAAUUAAUAGUAACACAAUCCACCUGAAUAGCAGCAUUACGUUCUUUGCCACGAUCAACAUUCCACUCCUGCUUUCCUAGGGAUGAGACAGUGAUAAUGUGAAGUCAAAUGAGGUUUCCCAGGCAAUGUGACACCUGCUGAAAACCAUAUAGAGUCAUUUACAUGUAGUUUUGAAGAAACCGCUUAUGGUUGAUGAUGUGCAACCCAGAAGACUGUUUCAGUUAAUAUGCUGCACACCACACAAUUGGUUAUUGAACUUAAUGUAGGAAGUACCAAGGCAGAGGCAUGCCCCUGAUCUAUCCAGACAAGUAAAUGCAACUGAUUGCUGCUGAUAAACCUGAUGGUAUACAUUACUUGGGGGAGGACGGUUUGCUGAAGACCAGAGCAUUUAUUUAUAUAGUAUGUAAAACACUGAUGUGAUUAUUCAUUUUAUUUGAAAAUAUUUGACAGAUAACAUGAUUCCCUGAGAUCUCUGGGAGUUCAAAAGCGAAACCUGAGGGUUUUGGGGGUUUUUUUUUGUGGUUUUUUUUAAAAAGCACUUCAGCUUUGCAACUAAAAAGUUACAGAUUAGUAAUAAAUUAAACCAACCAACAGUAAACACUACUCAGUCCACCAACUACAAACCUGUGUCUGAAUUCACUUUACCAAUAUUAAUCCCAGCGUGUGUAAAACAGAACAGGAGUUCUGUGUGACCCCCAUAACAUUUUGUAACAUUGUGCUUCCUUGUAGUUUGUAAUGUGAGUUCUAUCAGUAUUUAUGUUGAAAUUUCUAACAUUAGUCUCUAUCCUGUUAAUUUAAUUUUUAAAUGCUUUAUCCAUUUGUGCAAAGGUAAACACAGAUUGUAUCUUUUUUAAUGGUACGGCAUAAAAAGUAACCCUAAAGUGAAGUGGCUCUAUACUGUUUUAUAGAGUACUUUAACAUGUAUAGAUAUCUUGUAAACUUGUAUUGUGGAUGUGUAAAUAAUAUGUACUUUGGGUUUUUAACACCGCAUGUAAAGUCAAAAUAAAAUAUUCAAGUCAUUAU